AUGUCUCUUCCACCGUCCGGUAUCAACCUCGGUCCCCGUCCAAACCUCACCCCACAACAACUCCAGACUUUGCAGCAACUACAACGAGCCAACAAUGGUCAACCCAUCACUCCUCAACAGAUGCAACAAGCCGUCGCCGCCUUCCAAGCUCAAGGGGGCAAUGUCAACCCUCAAGCUUUGCUGGCGGCUAUGAGAGGCAUGACACGACCUCCCAUGUCCUCUCAACCCGGUCAACAGGGACAACCUGGACAACCCGGUCAGAUCCCCCCGAAUCCUGUCCAGGUCCAGGCGAUGAUGGCACAGCAGCAACAACAACGGAUCCAGAUGCUGCAACAAGGCAUGUCGCAUCAGCAGAUUCAAGCGGUUCAAGGCAAGAUGAACCCAGGCGUAGGAGGUAUACCUGGAGGUAUGACAGGAUCUCCUUCUCGUCCUCCGUCCCAUACUCAGCAGAUGCUUCCUCCAGCUGUUCCUCCCGGUACUUCCCCUAGACCACAACAAACUCAACAACGAUUUUAUCCUACUCCCCAACAACAAGCUCAGCUUGCUCACGCGCAAUCGGCGGCCAUGUCUAGCCCUCAAUUCCAAUCUCUACCCGAAAGUCAACGACAAGCGUAUCUGUACAGUAUGCAACAGAACAUGCUAAGAACGUUUGCUAUGCAGCAACAACAACAUCAACAGCAACAGCAAAUGGGUGUGAUGGGACCUCCGACCGGUCAGUCAAACCAAACUCAUCAAGGACAACCUGCGGUGGGCACACAACAAUCCCCUAGCUCCCAACAACGAGACUUGUCAGGUUCUCAACAAGGACAACCGUCUUUGUCUGGUUUGCCACAACAUAUGGCCCCUCCUCGUCCAGAAUCACGUACAGCUCAACGAGAUGCUUCUCCUCAUGGACGCACGGGUUCGCCCUCCGGACAUCAUACUCCUACCCCUCCACCGCCUGGUUAUCAGCAGCAACACCAGCAGCAAGGCAUGUCGAGCGCCCCUUCACCUGUCCCUUCUGCUCAUUCGCAUCAUUCCCAAACCCGUGCCCCAACACCUCAAUCAACCGCCUUGUCCCACCAUGGCCAAUCUCCUAUGCCCACCCAAACGACAGAUCCUAGUCCCACCGCUCCUCAACAGAACAGUCAACGAGCUCCUUCAGUUCCUCCUGGUGGUCAAACUCCACAUCAGUCCUCCAUUCAAAACAUGCCUCCCGGUAUGCCAUCUCAGUCAAAUCUACAUGCCAUGUUGCCUCAGGGAAUGCAAAACCUCACACCUCAACAACAACAACAAGUCCUCAAUGCCAUGUCGCUCAUGUCUCAAUCCGCUCAAUCUCAAUUACAAUCUCAGCCUCAAUCUUCAUUUGCCACCACCGUCCCUGGUGGACUACCUCAACAGCCUCGCCCGGGUAUACGUCCUCCUCUCCAAAUGCCCAACAUCAACACUUCUGAUUUCCCCUUCGAUUGGCGUCUUAUUCCACAUUUAUCCUCAGUGAGCGAUCCCAAGUGGCGCGCCGAGAUGCAAGCUCGAAAUCCAGGUCUGCUCCAUGCGGCCAUGAGUGCUCAACAGAUGAUGUCAACGGGAAGCGUUCGACCUGAUACUUUGAACCGGAUGCAGCAAGUAUUCGUCCACAUGGCCAGGGCGCAAGGACUUGUACGAAAUACUGCUGGUCCUAGUGGCCCGGGUGUUCCCGGUUUACCUGGAGCCAUCGGGGGAAUGGGUGUUCAAGGCAUGCCUGGGUUUUCGGGUGUACCAGGAGUGAGGAGCAUCGGUAAUGUACCCAAUGUGGAUAAUACAGGUCAAGGUAUUCCACCUCAAUUGCAACAACUUCAACAACAAUUAUCAGGACAGUGGCGUCCUCCCUUACCUGGACAAAUUCAGACUUCUGGAUCAUCGCAAACUGCUCAAAUAUCUCCAAUGCGACCACCACCUCAUCUUCCUCCACCACAUACCAUACCUCAGGGUACACCUGUACAACAACGUAUGUCAGAAGGCAAAGAUCGAAAGUCCGGUAGUCAAAUGCCUCCACCACAAUGGAUUCCCUCACAUGGUCAACCCAUUCCUGGUCAACCGGGAGUACCUAUGAGUGCUGGUUCAAUGGGAAUGGGAGUUCCUGCGACGCCUACACCUCUUCGUCCACCUCCACAUACAGCUCCAGAUCAUGUUCCUCCCAGUCCUGCACUUCCUCCCCCAACACCUCAUGCUGUUCCAGUGAGAGAAUGGGAGACGGCUUUACCACUCGAUCUUCCAAUCACCAACAUUGCUCCUCUGCCCACGGAGGAGAUAGAUGAACGGUCUGGUCCUACUUUCGACGGACGCUUGCUGUCUUUGACCGAAAAAGAGAAGGAGAAUGUGCGUGAUUGGGUGGAGAGUGACAAAGAGUAUGCAAAGGUGAUGAAGAGUUACAAGGGGACUAGUAGGGAGAGGGUUAUGCGUUGGGCAGAGAGGAAAGAACAGGAGAAGGGAUGGUGGAUCAGAAAGAAUCAAGAAGGUCCUCCCACAAGGAGAGAAAGGUUAAGCAUUCUCUGGCCGCAGGAUAAGGCUAGUAUGAGAGCGAAGUCGACGCAUAGGGGUAGGAGGGAGAUCAGGUUUACACCGGCUCAACUCAAAGCCAUGGCAGAGGUAGAGGACCAUGUGGUGCCCAUCCGAUUGGAUAUCGAACAUGAAUCACAUCGUCUCAAAGAUACAUUCAUGUGGAACUGUUCUGACACCGUAGUGACCCCCGAGCUCUUCGCUCAAACAUUAUGCGACGACUUUCACCUCCCUCUUCAACACUUUCAUCAUCGUAUAGUCACUGCCAUACAAGAGCGGGUGAAAGAAUAUCAAGAUCAAAUCCUUCCCAUCAUCCCUCCUUCACUUUCCUCGCAAGGGCAACUACACCCGGAGGAUGAGAUAAUAUGGGAGAGUUUCCGGGGGGUCAGGGAGAGUACAUUCAGUGAUGAGCAAACAGUCAAGACGCCAAGUGGGGAUGGCGAUGAGAUGGUGGUCAUUGUCGGGGGUUCUGAUCAAGAUGAGAGCGCGGAUAAGGAGAUUGGGUGCGAGAGGAAGGGCCCCACAGAAAAUGGGAUUCGAAAAGAAAGGACGAAGGAGGAGCCGAUGAGUGUCGAAGAGGCCAUGGCGGGUUUACCGGAAGAUCAAGCGGAUGAAUUGAGGAUACUAGUCAAGGUCGAUAUUAUUGUUGGGACACAGAAUUUGAGCGACACGUUUGAAUGGGAUUUGAACUCUUCUGUGACACCAGAGGAAUUUGCAAGUUCUCAUUGUAGUGAACUGGGUCUGAGUGGGGAAUUCGCUACCGCUCUUGCUCACGAUAUCCAUGAACAAUGUCUUACCCAUCUCCGUUCUCUCUUCCUCAUCGGUCACACUCCAGGUUCUGGUCUCAUACAAGAUGAAGAAGUUCGUUCAUUCUUCCUUCCAUCCCUCGUCCCAUCAUCUCUUCUCCGUAAAGAAGAUAUCGCCAUGUCGACUUACACUCCCAUCUUUGCGACUUUCACGGAAGAAGACGUUGCGGCUAUAGAGAAAGAACGUGAUCGAGAGUCUAAACGAAAAAAGAGAGGAACUCGUGCUAGAAGAGGAAUUAUUUUACCCGAUCGAGAACCCUUAAAAACUCAUCGUACUUUACUCAAUCCUCUUCGUUCUCAUGGAAACGCACCAUUACCUAAUAUGAAACCUGAAACACCUACUACCGCCCCUCCAACAUCACGUAGAGCGGCUGCUAUCGCCGCUCAAGCCAGUAUAAACCUUCUAGCUCAAGAUUUACCUUUACCUCAACCACCUUCACCCAUCCCACAACCUCAAACUCGUCGACCGAAACGUGGUGCACGUGAACAAAGUCGAGCUUCUCCCAUGUCCGCCAGAGAAAGUUCAGUGAUGGAUGAUGAAUCUCUCAUUCGAAGAGUUACAACGAAUCAUUUAGAUAUCAUGGAAAAUGAAGAUAUAAACGGAAUGAAAAGGAAAGCAGAUUUCGAAGAUGAAAUCAAUAAUAAUAAAAUGCUUAAAAUCGAACAUUUUGAAAAAAGUUGGCAUUGUAAAAAUUGUGGUAUACCGGAACAUUUAACAAAUGCUUUAGGUUCAGAUCAACAAGGUAACAAAACUUUAUGUUCGACUUGUUCUCAAUAUUUUCAAAGAACAGGUAGAGAUAGACCUUGUUCUUAUACGGAAGAAGAAUCAUAUCAUUUACAAAAAUUAUCUUCAACAACACCUUUAAUUUCAAAUCAAACUCUUUCAAAUCAAAAUGUAUCUUCUUCUUCUACUUCAAUUCAAGUAAUAAAAUCAACUUCUAAAGGAUCAAUACAAGAAGAAAAAGAAAAAGAACAAGAACAAGAUGGUAGUUCUAGUUCUUCUGAUUCAGAUGAUUCAGAUGAUGAUGAUUUUGAUCCUAGAAGGAAUAAAAAACAAACUAGUAAAACUCCCGUUAGACCUUCUGUAACUCCAUCAUUAUCGGGAAUGGGAAAAAGAAGUUCUUCAACACAUACUUUAGGUCAAAGUACCGGUACAGGAAUAGGGAAUGGUGUACAACCUCCUGAUUGGGCAUUGAAAGCUGAUGAAGAAUUGAAAGAGAGAUAUCCAAGAGAUUCCUUCGUUAUUAUUCAAAGGGUUAAACCUGUUGGAGAACCGGAAUUACCACAUGAAUGGAGAAUGAAAUGUAUGGAUUGUCCAGGACGUAUCUACGCCCUAGGUCCAGAUGAAACAUUACAAAAUUUCGAAGUUCAUCUUCGUAACAAAGCUCAUAUGGCCAAUCGCAUAGCCCAUAGGGGACAGUGA